CAUUCCCGCCAACAGUCUCUCUCAACUCUCCCUUCGUCUUUCUCCGUGGCGCUCUCGAUUCAAGGCAAUUGUUCAAAUGUGUCCGAAACUUCAAUGAAGAUCAAGUUACAGCCUUUUCUGAUUGAUGACUGCACUUACAAGGGAUUGGAAAGGUAAAAUGUGAAACACAAAGGAAGCUGUCUGAAGCAUCCCGGCAGAGCAUGAUUAAUAAGUGCGAUCCAAGAUCAAAGUGCAUUCUAUUAAUGCAACUGUGGAGACGGAGUCUUUUGGGAUCCUUUGAUCUCUGUUUAUCUUCCUCCCGAAAAUUAUCAGUGAAGACAGUUUAAACAUUGGCAGAAUUAUUAGCUAGCCAUGGAUUUUUGGUGCUGAUGCUCACAGAGACUGAAAGACUCUUUUCCUUGAAGUUCAAAAAAUGUACAGGAGAUGAGGAAACUGAGAAGUAGAGCUGCAGCUUGAUAACUGGAGGAACAACUAACAUAUCAAUUUAAUAUUUGCUAGGUCUGUUCAGGCAUUUUGGCUGGGCUGCAUUUGAAAGCAUUUUCAAGGAAGAACGCUUCAAACAAUCUUUAUAAACGUUGAUGGUGAUACGAUGGAUGUCCAUAUGGUUCAUAAGGGAACCAUGGUUUUUUUUACUUUCAACCUUAAAUUUUUGUUCUAUGCACUGUCUUGGAACUAAUUUAUCAGACCUCAAAGUAUAGGGGUAAAGAUCCUUUGUGGAAAAGUCCCGUAUAAAGAUGAACACCUUAGAAAUGAUUCUCUUAGAACUGGUAGACCAAUCCUUUCCCUGUUGUAGCUGAUUUAAAACUCUCUUUUUUGACUGAAUCACAUUGUUUUCUGUUUUUGUACAUGGACGUAACAGCAAACAACCUUAUUGGGCACCAUAUUAUUUGCUGCUGUUAUUAUUAGUGAGGGUUACCUCUGACAAUGUUUAUUCGCGCCCGACGUCAGGAGUUCGAUUCUAAGCUAGCGCAUAUAUUUCCAUGUGGUUUGUUGGGUAGGUUUGCACGUACUUAGUCCGACUCAAGUUUGGGUUUAGUGAGGUGUCAAAGGGCAUGCAUGUUGACUUGUUCUCGGUUACCUAUAUAUGUACAUAUAUAUGAAAAAAAAAUGCAGAAGCUACAGUAUAUAAUUAGAGAGUGGCAAAAAUGCGGAAACUACAGUAUAUAAUUAGAGAAUGGCCCUUGGCCCUUGCUAUGAGGGCCAAUGACAGGCAACUGAUAGUUAACUGGACACAUCAGCCUCGACUAACUUCUACCCUCCAAAAUAGCCGUUUCAACUUGGAACUCCCAAAGUCCCCAUCAAAAAUUCCCUUCACAUGUAUAUAACUUCGAGAACAACCCACCCUUCUCCUUGGUAACACAGUCCAUUUCCUUGAUAAUGUGGCAGUUUCUCUUAUCUUCUUUCACUCCUUUUAGCGGAGAAAACAGAGCGGAACCUUUUCUUCCUUUGUCAUAAUUAUAUACCAUGCCGGCCUAACAAUGGAGACUAGAGGGUCAAAAUAACACAUUUCUGAGUCCCUUACUUUAUACAUCAGUUUGUCACCUAGCAUCUAGCAAUCACUGAAACAUAGUUUCCUAAGUGAACAAUUUUUGAGGGACAUGGGGUGUGUUUUUGGCAAGGAUUAUCGGUCCUCACCUGAUCAUGAAUAUGAGAAGUUGAAACUGGAAAAUGGCUAUGUUCAGAAGAGGAAUGGAGGGAGACCCAUUGGAGAGGCUCCAGGCAAGGUGUUUGUGCAUCAGCAGGAUAACAAGAAUGUGGCUGUGGUUAAUGGUGAUGGAGAGAAGGUGGUUUCUGGAGAAGGGGAGAAGGUCAGCAAAGGAGGCAAUGCGCUGCAGAGGGUCACGUCGAGGAAGAUUGGAGUUGAUGAGCUUGUUGAUGGGUGGCCUAAGUGGCUUGUUGAUAAUAUACCUAGAGAGGUUCUGGCUGGUUUGGUUCCAAAGAGUGCUGACUCCUAUGAUAAGCUGGCUAAGGUAGGACAGGGAACCUACAGCAAUGUGUAUAAGGCUCGAGACAGAGAGACGGGCAAGAUUGUUGCGUUAAAGAAGGUUCGUUUUGACACAUCAGAGCCUGAGAGUGUUAAGUUUAUGGCAAGAGAAAUUACGACACUGCAGAAGCUAGAUCAUCCCAAUGUCAUCAAGCUAGAAGGACUUGCCACAUCAAGGAUGCAAUAUAGUCUUUACCUCGUUUUCGAUUGUAUGCAGUCUGACCUAUCCAAAAUCAUCUGCCGCCCUGGCGAAAGGCUUACCGAACCCCAGGUCAAAUUCUAUAUGCAGCAGCUGCUUUCAGGUCUCCAGCAUUGCCAUGAAAGGGGGAUUUUACACCGAGACAUUAAAGGUUCUAACUUGUUGAUAGACAAACAUGGAAUGCUAAAGAUCGCGGAUUUUGGGCUUGCUAAUACUUUUACUCCUAAACAAAAGCGUCCACUUACAAGCCGAGUUGUGACACUCUGGUACAGAGCUCCUGAAUUGUUAUUAGGAUCGACAGAUUAUGGAGUUGGUAUUGAUCUCUGGAGUGCAGGAUGUUUACUUGCUGAGAUGUUUGUUGGCAAGCCAAUUAUGCCUGGAAGGACAGAGGUUGAGCAGCUUCAUAGGAUAUUCAAGCUUUCUGGUUCACCCUCAGAGGAUUAUUGGAAGAAAAUGAAGCUACAAACAAGCUUCCGACCACCACAGAUUUAUAAACCUAGUUUUCAAGAAGCCUUCAGGGAUUUCCCUGAAUCCUCAUUUGGUCUCUUGACCGCUCUUCUCGCUUUGGACCCGGGAUAUCGAGGAACUGCUGCUUCUGCUCUUCAAAGUCUAUUCUUCUGUUCAAGCCCGCUGGCAUGUGAUCUGUCAGGAUUACCAAUAAUACAUAGAGGGGAGGAUGAGCCAGCUUAUAUCAGUACUGCAAAAAGGCAUAAGGCCACAAAAUCAAAGAAAUCCUCUCGAGCACAUCGUGAAAGUCAUGUGAGGAAGAACCAAGUCGCUGGAAAAUCCGAAGGAGAUACUGGAUCUUCUAAAGAGCAGGACAAGAAUGCAGAGGCAAACAUACAAGGCCAAGAGACAGGUCACAGUUCAAGUAGCAUCUCCUUCAAUUCGAAACCAAUGACACAAGAACGAGGCCUGUAUCGCUCUCUCUCCCCAGUUCGUCGUUCUCAACAACAAAAGGCGUUGCCGAUUACUAUAGGACAUCCUAAUGCUACCAAGAACAUCCAGAAUUUCACUCUCUUACAGGCCUCCAUAACAGACAUCAUUAAUCACAAUCAUAGCGGGGGGGGCUCUAGUCAAUAUCGUCGGUCUCUGUCUACAUUGGAUUUCCGAGCUCUUGAUCCUGAGAAGAUGGCAAAACUUUUCGAACUAGGUAAAAGUUUGUCCAUGGAGCAUGACCACUAGCUAGCUCAAAUGAUCGUCUUAUGCGUUUGUACUUUCUAUUAUAUUGUUGUGUAUGGUAUAAAUGAGUGAACAUAUAUAUAUUUUUUAAUUUUCCUGUGUUUACUUGGUUGAAAUAGUUAUCUGUGAACUUGCUCUUGGUCCAUUUGAAGCU